UCGAGGCAGCAGAAGGACGGUCCUCAUCACAGCAGCGCGCGGAGAGAAGUCGAAGUGCGGAUAAAAGUGCGGAAAAAACGCUUUUUCUGACCUCUUGCUGGUCGGAUAUAUAAGCUUUGGUCUCCAGAAGGCAAAGCUAGAAGAAGAAGAAGAAGAAGAAGAUGUUCCACACGAGAACAUCUCCAUCUCAAGCUCCUGAACCAGCAGUUAACGACCUGUAUGACCUGUAGCAGAACACUAGGUUUACAUUCACCUGCAGUUUAACUCCUCGACCUUCUUCUCAGCAUGUCUCAUGCCCAGGUGGAGCUGCCUGGACUCGGCUUCCAGAGUCUACCUGUUGAUAUAGACCCUGAAUGUGUGGAAAGAAGGUCCAUCAGGAGAAACUCCUACGUGCUCCACAAGCUCAGCAUGGACAUUGAGCCUCAGUUUUACAGUGGCACGCUGUCCAAGGCGCUGUCGUGGUCUGCUGAGAACAUCUUGUCCGAGGGAAGGUCAGAGGAAGGGAAGGUGGACUCUCCUCUGGUCUCCAGCCCGGAGACUCCUACCCCGCAGACCUGUUCUUCCCCUUCAGAAACCUCAGAGACGUGGAGGGUCUCAGGCCAGGAACCCAGCUCCGACUCGGACCCCGAAGUGGUCAAGCCGGCGAAGGCCGUCCCCCGGCUGCAGAGCAAGUGGGAGCAGGAUGAGAAGGAGGACGUGGAGACCAAAGCUGUGGCCACCUCGCCUGAUGGACGGUACCUCAAGUUCAACGUGGAGAUAGGGAGAGGGUCCUUCAAGACGGUCUACAAAGGGCUGGACACGGAGACCACCGUGGAGGUGGCGUGGUGUGAAUUGCAGACACGGAAACUGACCAAAGUUGAGCGUCAGCGGUUCAGUGAGGAGGUAGAGAUGCUGAAGAACCUGCAGCACCCGAACAUCGUCCGCUUCUACGACUCCUGGAAGUCCACUGUGAAAGGACACAAGUGUAUCCUGCUGGUCACCGAGCUUAUGACCUCGGGCACCCUCAAAACGUACCUGAAGCGUUUUAAGGAAAUGAAGCUGAAGCUCCUUCAGCGCUGGAGCCGUCAGAUCCUGAAAGGCCUUCACUUCCUGCACACGCGCACUCCUCCCAUCAUCCACAGAGACCUGAAGUGUGACAACAUCUUCAUCACUGGGCCCACGGGCAGCGUGAAGAUCGGUGACCUCGGACUGGCCACGCUGAAAAGAGCAUCGUUUGCCAAGAGCGUAAUCGGAACCCCAGAGUUUAUGGCUCCAGAGAUGUACGAGGAGAAGUACGACGAGGCGGUCGACGUGUACGCGUUUGGAAUGUGCAUUUUGGAGAUGACUACGUCAGAAUACCCGUACUCUGAAUGUCAGAACGCUGCGCAGAUCUACCGGAAAGUCACAAGCGGCAUGAAGCCAGACAGCUUCUACAAAGUGAAAGUGCCUGAGCUGAAGGAGAUUAUCGAAGGAUGCAUACGAAUGAACAAAGAUGAAAGGUACACCAUACAGGACCUGCUGGAGCACACGUUCUUCCAGGAGCACAAUGGUGUCCACGUGGAGCUGGCCGAGGAGGACGACAUGGAGAAGUCCAGCUUGAAGCUGUGGCUGCGCAUGGACGACACCAAGAAGCUUCACGGCAAGUACAAGGACAACAACGCCAUCGAGUUCCUGUUCGAGCUCUACAAGGACGUCCCUGAGGAGGUCGCGCAGGAGAUGGUGGUCCUGGGAUUUGUAUGCGAGGCGGACUACAAGUUGGUGGCCAAGGCGAUGCGAGACCGGGUGACGGCCAUCAAGCGGCAGCGGCAGCGGCGGCUGGCUGAGGAGGAGAAGAAGAGGAAGCAGGUGGAGGCCAUCGAGGAGGAGCCUGAGCUGCCCUCGCCCAAGCCCGUUAGCCGAGCCCUCGAAAGCCCCGUCUCCUCCCCUGUUCAGAUCCCGCCCACUCCGUUGCUCCCGGAGCCCCCCUCUGUCUCUCCUGUGAACUCCCCAGACUACAGCAUCAACAGGGGCUUCCCACCAGAGCCGGAAGAACCAGAAGCUGACCAGCACUUCCACUUCAGCCACACCAGCUACUCCUCAGUAACCUCUGAUUGCGAGACAGACGGCUAUCUCAGUCCCUCAAGCUUUCAGGAUGGACUCGAGGUUGCUAACGGUAUCAUGAACAGCCCCCCUGUUGUGCCCAGUUCUGUGGCCACACCCACUACGGCCACAUCCAUCCACAUCCCUCCAGUUCCGGCUCUGCGCUUUUCUUCGAGCAUCGCUGUGACUAAUAACUUUGACAAAGGAGUGUCGGGGCCUCCAAGUCCGUUCUCGUCGCCCGUGGACAGCUACGCCUCAGACGUGACCUCAGGCUUGAGUGACGGCUGCGAGGGCCAAUCAGAGAUCGCCAGCAAGUCGGCCGCUCGACGAACGGCUGGGAAGCUGUUCAGGAGGAGAGCGCGGGCCCGUCUGCGCAUCACAGGGCUGUCUGAUAAAGUGGACCGCGUGGUGGAGUGCCAGCUACAGACUCACAAUGAUAAGAUGGUCACCUUCAAGUUUGACCUUGAUGGAGAUAGCCCUGAGGACAUCGCCAUGGUUAUGGUGCAUAAUGAGUUCAUCCUUCCUUCGGAGCGAGAGGGCUUCAUCCACCAGAUGCGGGACGUUAUCAGACGAGCAGAGUCUCUGAUGGCCAAACAGUCGACGGGUGAUCAGGACAAUCACACAGCGGCUCAUCAACCAGCAAUUCCAGCGUCGCAGCCGAACCACCACAGUCUUGCUCGGACACAUUCCUCCUCCUCUCUGCCAGAGUUUGGGCCGGCUGGCUCCCCGCCGAGGCCGAGCGGAGACGUUACCUCACCUGUACGUCCACUCUUACGCUCACAGUCCUUCCACAACACGCCAGGAACGUCACGUCCAUUCCACGGCCACCCGACCUCCGUGUACCCCUCCGAUCCCGUCACGUCCCUCUCUAAACUCGCGCACCUGCAGCAGUACCCCAUGCCCUAUGCGGCCACCUCCACCCACUCACCCUUCCAGUACUCACCCCUGCCCGGCUCUCCCAAACCUGUCCAUCCUCCGCUCUCCCGUCUCCACAGUAGCUCCUCCUACUCCUUCUCUUCACCUCCUUCCGUGUGCGCCUCGCCCAGCCCUCUCGGCUCGGACGUCCUGAGCCCAGUCAGCGACAUCGGCAGCCCCCUGACCUCCCCUGCUCUUCAGAACCACACACCCACCAUGUGGCCUCCUCAGACCCCGCCCCUUUUCUCUCUGGCCAACGUGCUCUCCAUGGCCAUGAGCAUGGCGCACUCUUUCAUCCCUGCCCCCAGCCUGCCGUCCCCCCUGGUGCAGUCCAUUCCCUCCAUACCUGGCUUCCCUCCACAGUUCGCCCACCAGAUCCCACCCCAGCCUGGAUAUCCCUCAAUAUACGCACCUCAGUACGCGCCACACAUCCAGGCCGAAGGACCGUACCCACAGGUUGGUCUUGAAGCUCAGAACUGGGAGGCCAUCUAUGGUUACGCUCAGAAAGCACAUUCCACGUUGCAGGCACAUGUGUCCACUUCGGCCUCGGGGAUGCCCUUGCAUGCAAAUGCUCACGUGCAGCAGAUGUUCGCCGCCGUCCCACAGGAGAUGGGGCUACGAAGCCCCCCGGUACCCACUGAGCAUCUCCCAAAGGAGUACUCCGGGCCUCAGGGGUACGAACAAGCUUUCCCCAGACCUUCACUGGACCAGUCUGGCCUGUCCAGAUCCUCCUCGUCUGGGUUAUCGUCUUCACCGAGAGCCAGCCCAGAGAGCACGGCUUCCUCCUCCAGUCCAAGAUCGCUCUCCCCACCAGCAGCUCCAGAGACCAGCACCGGCGUGCGUGAGCCCAGAGAAUCCCCCGUCAGCUCCGAACCAAAUCCCACCGUCACAGUCGGACGCUUCCAGGUUUCCCCGUCUAAGGAGCUCCCAGCACCAGCUGAACAUAAAAUCACACCCACACCUGCUGCCUCACCACCAGUCACACCAGCAUCACAGCUGGAGUCGCCCAGCUCUUCUGUUUGCUCCUCCCAGGACCCACAUGAGGGGCGAAGAGGAUCCGAGGGGAGUGAAGUCACCUCCCUAGGCUCCCAUCAGCACUGUGUAGAUGUUCCUCAAGACCAGCAAGUUUCCUUGGAUGCAGCUCAACCGUUGGGGAACCUGUCGUCUUUGGCUCCUCAUGAUGUUUCCCGCCUCCAUGAACCUCCAGCCUGGACUGAGGAGAACAAGGUAAAAGAAGAGGAGAAGGAGGAGGUGCGAAGGAGAGGUGAAGAGGAGCACAACGAGGUCCAGGGAGAGGAGGAGCAGCAGCAGCGGCAGCAGAGGAAGAAGAGCCGGAAGCUUGAGUACGGUCAGUCUGUGAUGGGGACGUCAGUGGACAGUGGGCUUUCUGUCGCCCUGGAUCCCGAGGGGUGUCCGUGGGACGGGAUGAUGGGCAGCCCUCAGUAUCCCACCCCUCUCCACAACCUCUGGAUGAGCUACACACGCACCUCCUCCUACAUGAGCAGCGACGAGUCGGAGAGCGACGACGAGGAGAUGUGGGACGAGUUGCAGGAGCUGAGGGAGAAGCAUCUGUGUGAGGUGCAGACUCUGCAGGCGGUGCAGAAGCGAGAGAUAGAGGAGCUGUACGAGCGGAUGGGGAAAGUUCCUCCUCCGUGCAUCGUGUCUCCGGCGGCCAUGCUGUCCAGCCGGCAACGGCGGCUCUCUAAAGGAGGAGCUUUCCCUUCAUCUCGCCGGAACAGCCUUCAGAGGCUGGACAUCCUCCCUGUAACAGGAAUCAUAAGGAAGAACUCUCUGAGCGGCGGCAGCAGCAGCAGCAGCAGCAGUUCACAGGAGCGACCCGCCAAAGGGGUGUCCUUCGCCCCCGAACUCACCAGAAUGUAAGAAUCCAUAACCGAGCCUGUUGGCAGGACUAGUUUAGACUACCUCAUCCAGCAACACGACUGCUGCUCACUCCCCCCGUCCUACUGAAGAACACACACUUCACAGACCGCCGCUCCGACAGACAAAGAGACCUUCUCUGCUUGUAGAAGAGUGAGAGUCAGCGCUACUUCCUGUACAGACGGUCACAUGGUAGCAGUCGCCGCCCACGUUCAUGCUAAGACGCAACCCAAAGACGGCAUAUAGUGAACUUACACUGACUGUGUUAAAUUAUAUUGAAAACGCCAGCCUGUAUGUACACUCAUACACACUACUGCGGACUGCAGGCUGGAUUCCCACCUGGAAGUGGAAUGUACCAUGCAGUACCAGUUUGGACACACCUACUUUCAAACAGGGUUAGACUAUCACUAACAGUGAAGGCAUCAAGACUAUUGAAAUAACACUUAUGGAAUUAGACAGUGAGCAGAAAUGUGUUAAACAAACUAAACGUCUGGUUUAGAUUUGCCUCAAUGCGCCGCACUGUUGGCAUUCUUUCAAGUUUCAAACUUCAAACAUAUACAUAAUAUUUCCCACUGUGAGAUUGUUGUAAGAAAUAUUGUAUUCAGCCUAUUUGUAGACAUUUUGUACCUGUUUUAAAGGGGAACCACUUCGAAUGACUAUCUUGUAAAGGAAUGGUAAAAAGACCUAAGUUAAAGUGACGUAGGCAAAAAUUUGAGCACCCCGGUCAAAUUACAUGUUGAUUUUUUAAGUGAA